AACAAACAACAGCCAGAAAAACACACACACACACCAGCACGGACCGUCGCCAAGGGUGUAAUACAAAGUCUCUAUAUUGUGGGAGCUUCUCUUUUUACUCGGAUAAGGAAUCGCUCAUUUUUGGAGAGAUGGCCCAGGAGACCAAUCAAAGCCCCGUGCCCAUGCUCUGUGCCACCGGCUGCGGUUUCUAUGGCAACCCUCGGACCAGUGGCAUGUGCUCGGUCUGUUACAAAGAGCAUUUAACACGACAGAACAACGGGGGAGUCAGUCCUAUUAGCACAAUGGCAGCUUCCAGCAGUGUCACCAGUAGUCCUACCUCUGAAUCCUCAGCCAUCCAGAUCAUCGAAGCUACACUAAACAACUCCUCGUCUGCUAGUGCGGAGUCACCUAGCGGCUCCACCGUCACCUCUGCCCUUCCCGUUACACAACAGAUGACGGAGAUGAGCAUUUCCUGUGAAGACGAGGUGGUCUCGCCUAAAGUAGAACUUCCUGAACCAGGUUGGUAUUACUGUUUCAGACUUGAGGAAGUGUCUCAAGAGUCAAGACUGUUCAGAAUUGAGUGCUGACUUUACUGCAAGGAAGUGAACUUGUUUGAAUAGCACAUUUUUAAAACUGUUUACAUGUGCGCACAUAUUUAGAUGCAUAUGCAUACGAGCGUACAUUAAUACUGCAUACUCAGGGACUUGUAUAGUUACAAUUUCACCAGAAAAGAUUGUUCAUGUAUUAAAAAAAAAAAAUUGUAAACUGCUGUAUUUUUCGGUGUGCUUGGUUUUUAUUUUGUGUCUGUAACUCUUGUUAUUGCAACUAAUAGCCUUAUUUUAUGGCAAUAAAAACGAAUAACUACUACUGUUGAGGUCAUUAUGAGUGUGCUAAUUCAGCGUGUGCUGUGUAGUUCUCUUAAAUGAGAAUUCAUACAUGAAAUUUUAUGUUUACAAAAUCUUUUAACACUUGAUACCCGCAUGUUAAAAAUGAACGUUCAAGAAGACUGCAUUGCAUUGUAAGGUACGCUG